AUGGCAUGCCCAUCUAGUACAUGCCGACAAUGCGCUGCGCAAAGCCAAUUCGUACCCGAGACCGACCGUUGCUCAGAAGAAGGGCCAAAUCGAAGCAUUGCAGGCUCGGUCAUGGAAUAUUCUGUGGAUCCGUCAUCUUCCACGAGGCAAGCUAAACUGAAUGUAACAAGGGUGCGGCUCCGACCCUAUACGGGCCUCAUCCAAAUCUCUUUCCAAACCGCCCGAGAUCGUGCCCAUAUUUGCCGACCCGUUGGCUACGAUUGCAAGCGUGAGCACGAGCUCAAUUUCAGCACAUGGCUCGGAAGCGCCUUAGCAGGUGCUGAAACAACGCGAUGUCAAAUCACACGACUAAACAGUUCUCCCAAACCAAGAUCCUCGUUGCUGCCAAAAAGUGGAUACGGAUACAACUACAUAUGA